AUGUCUUUGCCUAACCUUGAGAAUGCCUCCACCCUGGAGAGCGCCAUGCAGCUCAUGAUCCAGACCUUCCACAAAUACUCUGGAAAUGAAGGAGACAAAUACACACUGAGCCGAGCUGAGCUCAAAGAGCUGCUCACCACAGAGCUGGGCAACUACCUGGGGAACGCCCAGGACAAAGAGGCAGUGGACAAAGUCAUGGGAGACCUGGACUCCAACAACGAUGGAGAGGUAGACUUCACCGAGUUCAUCAUCCUGGUCGGAGCACUCACUGUGGCCUGCAAUGACUUCUUCUUAGAAUACAACGAAAAGGACCAGAAGAAGAAGUGAGGAGGCCCAGAGGAACAUGCCCACCACUCUGCAAAGCAUAAGCUCCAGGGAGGGAUAGUGUGAGGGAGAGGGAGAGCCAGGGGUGGUGAGGGAGAGUGCAGUGGGUGGUGACCAGAGGACUCCUUCUGUGGCUCACACAAACACACACACAUGCACCAGCUGUAGAUGUGCAUGUGCGUGUGUGGGUUUGUGCCCCAGCGUCAUGUAGUAUUUACCACCUGCACGCCACAACCUGGAGAAUGCUGUCACUGUCACGUGUGUGCAUAUCUCUCUUGUUGUUUUGUGUCUUUUGUAACACUUUCAAAUGUAGA